CUCAUUUCCUCAUCCGACCCAAAAGCACGAUCAAAAUUUGAAUUUGCUUGGCUUUCGGACCUAAUACAUCCUCCAUGUAUCUCUAUAUAAACUUAAACCUAAUCCCCAUCAGUCUCUCACAACAUUCAAAACUAGAAGAAAGAUGGAGCGUAGUCGUUUGAUAUUUGGGUUGGCCUUUACUAUCCUUCUAACCAUCGUCACCACACCUUCGCACUGCAAAUACCACUCAAAAACAGUCCCUGUAGACCGCCUCAAAGAGAAAGUCACGCAACUCCACUUCUACCUCUUCGACAUCCUCAGCGGCACCAAACCCAGCGCCGUGGAGAUCGCACGUCCGAACGUCACCACUGACAAGUCAGCCACCCCUUUCGGGAGCCUCUAUGCCUUCGAUGACCAUCUCCGAGAGGGCCCCGAGACCAACUCAUCGAUAGUGGGGAAUGCGAAGGGGCUCUACUUGUCCGCAAGCCAAGACCCAGCUAACUUUACAAUCGUGAUGUACGCAGAUUUCGGUUUUACUACCGGUAAGUUUAAAGGGAGCUCAUUUGGCGUGUUUUCAAGGAAUCCAGUGGCUGAGUCGCCGGAGCGGGAGGUGGCUGUGGUUGGUGGGAGAGGGAAGUUUAGGCUAGCUAGAGGGUUUGCUAGGGUGAAGACUCAUUACUUCAAUGCUACUAAUGGUGAUGCCAUUUUGGAGUAUAAGGCAACCAUCAUUCACUAUUGAGGAAGCGAAGGCAAAUGCAUGCAUUUGAAUUUGAUUUAAAAUUCAUGCUUGUAUUCAAU